UUCAACCUUCCAUCAUCUUGGAGGUUGUAUGUGACAAUGGCUACUACAGAUGACGCGAAGAGCGUCGGUAUCAUCGGCAUGGGCGACAUGGGAAUCAUGUACGCCCGCCGAUUGAGUGACGCAGGCUGGAAAGUAAAUGCCUGCGAUAUCCCAGAGAAGUAUGAAGCAUUAGUAGAACAGUUUAAGGACAGACCCAAGGUUGAAAUUAUGCCAAGCGGUCACUACGUAUCUCGUGCCAGCGACUACAUCAUCUACAGCGUCGAGGCUAAGAACAUCGAUGCUGUUGUGAAGCUCUUUGGUCCAUCCACCAAGAUGGGUGCUAUUGUUGGUGGACAAACUUCCUGCAAAGCCCCUGAAAUCGCCGCCUUUGAGAAGCAUCUUCCAAAGGAUGUUAACAUUGUCUCGUGCCACUCCCUCCAUGGUCCUGGUGUCCACCCGAAAGGGCAGCCUUUGGUCCUCAUCAAACACCGCGCAACAGACGAGGCCUUCGCGUUUGUCGAGCGUGUGCUCUCCUGUCUCGAGUCCAAAGUCGUCCACCUCACGUACCAGGAGCACGACAGAAUCACCGCCGACACACAAGCCGUCACUCAUGCCGCUUUCUUGUCCAUGGGCACGGCAUGGAGUGCGAACAAUCAAUUCCCUUGGGAGUCUCAACGCUACGUUGGCGGGAUCGAGAACGUGAAGAUUAACAUCACCCUCCGUAUCUACGCGAAUAAGUGGCACGUAUACGCUGGACUCGCCAUCCUCAACCCAGCGGCGCAAGUACAGAUAAAGCAAUACGCAGAGAGCGUGACAGAGUUAUACAAGCUCAUGCUCGCGGGACAUAAAGAGGAGCUACGGGAGCGUGUCCACACAGCAAGGAAGGCCGUAUUUGGCGGCUACGAGGGAAAGGAACUCCUCUUACGCGACGAACUUCUAGAUCAAUUCAGUCUGGGCGUCUUGCCAGAGAAGCGAUUGAAGAACAACCACCUCAGCCUUCUCGCCAUCGUCGAUUGCUGGUGGAAAUUGGGCACAGUGCCUUAUGAACAUAUGAUCUGCUCAACACCCCUCUUCCGCAUGUGGCUAGGUAUAACAGAAUACCUCUUCCGACACGAAGAACUCCUUGAAGAGGCCAUUGACACUGCAAUCGACGACAACACGUUCCGCGCCGACGACCUCGAGUUCACAUUCGCUGCUAGGGACUGGAGCUCAAGAGUAAGCCUCGGCCACUUCGACGGCUACCGCGAGAAGUUCGAGAAGAUACAGGAGUACUUCGCGCCCCGGUUUCCCGAGGCGACGAGGUUGGGCAACGAGAUGAUUAAGACGAUUUUGGAGAAGACGAAAGAUGAAUAAUUUAAACAUAUACAAUUAUAAUUUAGUCGAAUAAUCCGCCUUAGCAACACCGCCCAGCUGCGGAAAGAGUGGAGGAAAUGUACCUAUUUAUUGGCAGCAGCAGGGAACUGUAUAUACUUUGGAUAUAGAGACAGAUUGUGAUGA